AUGCUUGACUUUGACUUCCACCUCACAACACCUCGUCUCUUCAUAUCCCACCUUAACCCUGAGGACGAUGCUCAUUGCGAUUUCGCAUACGAGCUAGUGUUUAGCCCAGGUCCCGCUGAGCAGAAGCCCGCAGUCGAUGCGGAAAAGACAGAGAUCACACCCCCUCGCGAUGUUGGGAAGAACUUCAUCGCGAAGGAUAUUGAGAGGAUGGAGCAAACAGGCUAUGGUCGCUACCUGGUCUCGCUCAGACAAAACUCAGCUUUGAACAUCAAUUCACCGCACGAAGACGAAAACGUCCCUUUCUCGAAGAGACGACUAACGCCAAUCGGCAUCGUGUCAAUGCAACUCGCGCGCUUCCCGUCCGAACCGUCCGCACCAACGAUCCCAGAUGUCGGGUUCACUUUCCGCCCCCGGUACCUUGGAAACGGGUACGCUACUGAAGCUGCAGCGGGCUUGAUGGAGUACUACACAGACGAGAAAGGACUCAAGGAGUUUUGCGGUUUUUGCAAACCGGAGAAUACAGCAAGCGCAAAUGUUCUGAAGAGGUUGGGGUUCGAGGAGAGGGGUCUAAGGGAGGACGAUGCUGUGCGACAAAGACUUGAUCGCGAAGCUGCCGAGGAUGGAACAUCACUCUCACCAACAUUGAGCAGAGAUGAUCAACAAGGCGAUACAGUGGUGCCUCUUGAGGGUCGCAUCCUCCGUGACGCCCAGGGAAAGUCUAUAUUCAUUGGCGACUGCGCCCCGCUAUCUUUUCUGCAGACAGUCAGGCAUCUCAUCACAUCCGAGGUGGACCCAAGAGCUACUGUUCAAGCUACACGCGACCCCAUCAUUGAGAUCGCUCGGCCUGAUUCAGCGGAUCAACAUUCAUGUCCUCCUAUUGAUGUGCAUCAGGUCGACGCACUAGUCAACGAGUUCAUGGCUGCAAGUAGUGGCCUCGUUCAGCUCUUCCAACGAGAGGAUCUUGCUCCCGAACUGAAAGCAUGGGCAGGCAGCAGGAAUUCGAGUUCAGACGAUGCUGCAGCUGCCGUCUUCUAUCUGGUCCUUGCGAUCGGCGCCCAAGAGCGAUUAGAGGAAAAGGCAGAAGCCUGGUUCAAUACUGCUCGGGAUGUGCUUUUGAAGCAUAUGUGCAGCAGCAUGAACGUGUCUACUGUUCAAGGCUUUGCCCUCGUAGCCAUCUACAUGCUCCGAGCGUCUCAGCCGAAUGGAGCCUACUUAUACUUCUCCCUGGCUGCGCGUGCCGCAUAUGCAAUCGGCAUACACCGAACGGAAGUGAACGCAUCCUUUGGCGAAACCAUCAAGCUGGUGCGAGACCGGAUUUGGAAGAGCAUUCGCGUCACCGACCAGUUGAUAAGCAACGCAUUAGGCCGACCUCCGUCCACAUCAGAUGUCGAUUGCACCGUCAAAUACAACACUUUUGAAGACAACACCGAAACCGAUGAUGCCAAUAUACUGGAUGCCAGCGUCCAGAUCUUCAUGAUUAUUGAGCGUGUCGUCGUUGAAGUGUACUCUCGCAAACGCAUAUCAUUACGCAUUGCAGACUAUGUUUCGCGACAGUUGAAGAGCUGGGCGUCCAAAUGGCUGCAGAAAUUAUCUCAUCUUACGACCAGACCUCAUUCUCGAGAAGCCGUAGUGGGUGCUUGCUCCACACUCUGCUCCUAUUACUACGGCAUCAUGCUACUUACCCGACCUUUCCUCAUCUACGAGUUAUAUGAGUACAUGGGCGCUCCUCUAAAGAGCGGAGGCUCACAAGCUGAUCACCAAGAGAAGCGCAAGUACGCAGAUGCUGCACUUGAUGCCGCGUCGACGUUAGUGGAUACUCUGCUAGUCGUGACGAUUACAAAGCAGUUGCCUCGUAAGAUGCCACUGAUAGUAUCCUGGCUCUUUACGGCUACACUUGUUCUUGCUGUCGGCAUUCUUGGGGACUCGGGACUUAUGUUAGUGGACAGCUGCAAAGAUGCAAUCACUUGCAUGGACUACUUUGGUCAAGUCGACCCUCAUGCCCGGCAAUACUCACAGGUCGCGCAAUCGCUGCUCAAGAUUACCACUGCACAUGCCAAGAAGAGAGAGCUGCAUCUGCGCCGUAAAAGGAAGCAAGCAUCGUCGGAAUUGUUUGGCCUAUUGCCUGGAGAGUCAACUAACAUCGCGGCCCAAGUGGAUGAAUGCGACGCACAGCUCGGCCACGGGUCGCUGGUCUCCCGAGACUCCGUUCAGCGCCACGUGUCUUCCGCAGCGCCACUCGAUUGGACUAUAUACGAUGCCGACUUCUUUGCCAUGCCAUGGCCGAGUGAGAACGAUCAGGGUCUCCAGGAUUUCUUGCAGCCGGGCACUCACAACCUUGAUGGCGUAUCCGUGGCUGACAUACCGCUUUUUCCCAUCCACGACCAGCAGAUGGGCGGUGACUUCUUCCCGUAA